AUGGGUCUCACCCCCCCGCUGAUUCCAGCCCUGCUUUGCUUACUCGUGUGCGCUAGCAGCCUGGUCCCUGUCCACACAUGUGGCCUGCCCUUAAAGGAGAUCAUCAGAAAGUUGAACUUCCUCACAGGCACCAAGAAUGCGUGCAUCGAAUUGACAGUAGCAGAUGCCUUUUCUGCCCCGAAGAACACAACGGAGAACGGAACCUUAUGCAGGGCCACGACUGUGCUGUGGCAGGCCUACAGCCAGCACAGGUGCUUCCAAAGACACCUGAGUGGGCUCUACAGAAGCAUCAGCAACAUGACGAACAUGACCCACUGUCCUAUGAAUGAAAACAGGACCAGCACGUUGAAAGAGUUCUUGGAAAGCCUAAAGGACAUCAUGAAGAAGAAAUAUUCAAAGUGUUAA